UUGCUGCGUCCUUGUCCGAGGAUACGGGAGUCAACAGAAAAAGGCAAUAAAGAUUAAGGGAGAAUCUUUUGGGUCGUUUGGGGGUUUUUCGGUCUUAAGUGAGCGAAAAGGUAGAGGUCAUCUAUUUUUAUCUGCAUUGCCUAAUUCCAUAAUUUCUGUUCAGCGAUAAACCGUUUUGUGGUGCUCCUCUCAAUAACCCGAAACCGUACUUCCACAAGAGAUCACAUGCAGCCACAUAUACUGAGUACGCUGCCGUAGGUGUUAAAACAUCGAGACUAUCCUCUACCCAGCGUCAUGACAUUGUUGUGACAUUCGACCUCCAGAGGUCACCACGUGAACCUAGAAGGCAGUGGCUGGCUGCGUACUGGCAGUAGUUGCCGGUGUGCCUCUUGUCGACAUUGUGAUGAAAUACAAGGCACGGUGUUGCAGGAUUUAACAAUUUUGUGUUAUAAGAGACAAAAUCUACAUCUACACUUUAAAACAAAGGGUGUUGGUCACAUCAGGGCCCCAUGCAUGAUGCAUCACUGAUGGUUCUGUGAAGUACCAGAGCUUUUCUUCAUUUCCCUCUUGAUUUACUACGUGUUCUGCGCUGUCAGAGACAUUUCUUUUUUGAUCCUGUUUGUCAUUAAGUGCCAAGAAUCAGGUAAGCACCAUGCCGGCACAAGACAAAACACCCGGAGAUGUUGCUUCCUCUCCAGCUUCCAGUGAAAGGCCUCUAUCGGAAGCAAACUCCUCUGCAGCUUCCUUGAACAGAUCUACGUCUGCAGAGGAUGCCUCAUCCAAAAGAGCCGCUUUUGGGCGGUCAACUUCAGGUUCCACCACAACAUCACCAUCCAGGCCCCGGCUCACAAGCCAGACGUCACGAGAUGGGUCAAUACGUCAGCGCCGAGCAUCCUAUCGAAGGCAGUCCAGUUUUGACCUUGCACACACCAAUUCCUUAGCAUCUGUACCAGACAUAAAACGGCUAGAAGCCCUCGACAUGUCAAAAGGAGAAUUCGCUAAAGUGCCAUGGUGGACCUCCCAAAGGUUCAUUCUGUCCAUCAUUUCCUUCUUUGGCUUCCUGGUCCUCUACGCCCAACGAGUGAACCUCAGCAUAGCCAUUGUUUCCAUGGUGGAUCACUCUCAUGGUGACCAUGCUCACGACAUGAACUCGUCUUCAUAUGGCGUCCACAAUAGCUCCAAUGCAACAGAUAAUUCUUACUUUCCUGGCAGCACAACAGUGGGCAGCACGAAUGGAACAAACAUUGCAAGUGAUGGUGAAAAAUGCCCAGAGCUUGCAAAGUCUUCAAGGCCAGGUGAGUUCAGAUGGAACAAGGAACUUCAAGGUCUUGUUCUGGGAUCCUUCUUCUGGGGUUACUUGCUUCUGCAGGUACCUGGAGGACGUCUGGCUGAGCGAAUUGGUGCCAAGAAAAUCAUUGCUAUUACCAUGUUUCCAGUCGCAGUUCUCAACAUAAUUUCACCAUUCUGUGCACGUGCCAGCCCCUACCUUUUUAUUGUUGUACGGAUCUUUGUGGGCUUGGGGCAGGGAGCGAUGUAUCCUGCUGCUCAGGCUUUAUGGGCAAGCUGGGCACCUCCCAUGGAGAGGAGCCGUCUGAUUGGAUUUUCGUAUGCAGGUGGUCAAUUUGGCAAUGCCCUAAUCUUCCCAAUUGGUGGGUUUCUGGCCGCUUAUGGGUUUGAUGGAGGAUGGCCUUCUAUUUUUUAUGUAAUUGGAACCUGCGGCUUCAUUUGGUGCGUUGUAUGGACUAUCUUUGUUUAUGAUACCCCUGAGCAAAAUCCUUGGACCUCAGAGAUUGAGAAGAAGUACAUCAAAUUUUCUCUUGGAGAUCGGGCCAAAUUCAAGAAGAAUACUGCCAUUCCCUGGAAGUCCAUCUUCACAUCCCGUGCCGUUUGGGCCAUCAUUGUGGCCCAUUCAUGUGGCAAUUAUGGUGCUUACAUGUUGUUGACACAGAUCCCUACAUACAUGAAGGAAGUUCUUAAGUUUGAUAUCAAGUCUAACGGUGUUUUCUCCAUGCUCCCAUACUUGGUGUUCUGGUUUUUUAUUACUGUGUCUGGAAUGCUGGCAGAUUUCUUGAUCUCCCGUAACAUUCUCACCAUAGCAUGGACUCGCAAGCUCAUGGCAUGCAUUGGAAUGUUUGGCCCAGGAACCUUCUUGAUUGGCACUGGUUUCAUGAAGUGCACUCAGCAAGCAGAGGCUGUGGUCAUGUUGACCAUUGCUGUGGGUUUGUGUGGCUUCCAUUUCUCCGGUUACUUCAUCAAUCAUGGUGACAUUGCUCCACCAUAUGCAGGCACCCUUUUUGGCAUCAGCAAUACUGCUGCAACUGUGCCUGGCAUUCUUGCGCCAUACAUUGUUGCUGCACUGACACCUAACGUAAGGGAACGCAGUGAGUGGCAGGUUGCUUUCUACGUUGCUGCAGCUGUGUACUAUUGUGGCGCCAUAUUUUACUUGGUGAUGGCUGAUGGUGAGAUUCAGCCAUGGGCUGAACCCCCAUCUGAUGACACCAUGGAUGAGCAGGAGGAGAUGGCAAUGGGUGUCGGGUUUGGGCUUCAUGAGAUGGCCAAGGUGGAGGAAGAGGAGGAGGAAGAAGAGGACACAGAGAAAAUGCUGGAGAAGAAUGGUGGUGCUGCAAAGACAGUCAAGGCCUAAUUUUAUUUUAGCUGGUGAAAGCAGAUGAUUUCAAAGACAGGUUUGUGUACAAAAGGAAGAAAAAAAAAUGCAUUGUUUUCUGCAAAUAUCAGACAGGAUUGUACUUUUCACCCCAUUUCCCUCUCCUCUCCUUUUUCAUUUGAAACACUCAUUAGUCCAAUGAAUGCUGCAAACUGAUCAGUGGGUGCCAUGUUGGAUCAUGAAUCCUGCAGUUUGGUUUUUAGAUGACUUUUUCAACCAGACAUUCUUCCUUUUGGAUGGCAGUUGGAGGCAUUCAUGUUUCUGAGGCUUCUUUCCUUCUCUUGGCUGCAGAAAUAACUCUGUGAUCAGUUUGUUGGGGCUUGUUUUCUGCCCAGAUUUCUGAGAAGAUAUCUGUAUUCCCCAUUCCCCUGCAACCUUUCCCAUUUCCCAUGGAUUGUGUGUCAAUGCUUCUUGUCACAUUUUCUGCAUCAGAAGGUUUGGUCUCCUGGAGGGGAUUCAGAGGUUGUGGUUAAUCCUCCAUGCUUUUUUGGAUGAAACAUCUACUUAUGUAUUACCUAAAUUUUCAGACUCUACAGAAAUCCACACAAUAAGAACUGUUUUUUAGCGUCUUUGAUGAAGGGGCCAGCAGUAAGGACAGAAAUUGUGCAAACAGAGCAGCACUGUGCUACAAGUGUUUGCAUGAAUCAUGAGGCUACAGUAGAGGUUGUAACAGCUUUGACGAGUGUCUUGAAGUUGAAAGAGAAUACAUAUCUUGAAGUAAGUAAUGGAUCACAUGAUAUUUGGAAACCAGAUUAACUUUUUUUUUGAUUGGUGCUCAUGGAGAAAAUUGGGGAUUGUAAUGGGUAAAUUUGCCCGUUGGAUUCUUAAUAUGCGUCAAGGCAUUUGCUGUAGGAAACAUUUUAAAGAGCUAUUUUUUGCAAUCAUGAAUAUAACUGAUCUGAUCUUUACCAGUUGCUUUGAUGGAAACAAAUCUUCUGCAGGGUAAAUUACUUUUUUUUUUUUAGAUUGUUUAGGCACUUAUACUAAAACCUGUUUCUGGUCUUAUGACAACAAAGGACAAAAAAAGCAACAGGCAGGUAGGUAUUGCAUUUUGGUUGUCAAAGAUUUGAGCAAUUAUUGCUCCAGUUUUUAGUACUCUGUGUCUGCCAUCAUUGCACAGUGUCUUUUGUAAGCUCAAUGCUGGCUGGUGGGGACAGUUUGUGAUAUUUCUGUUUCAUUACUGAUCUAGCAUGUAUCACAUAUGUAUGGCAUUCUUCAACUUUCACCUUUGCAAGAUGUCAUCUGAAAUUAUGCAGACUGCAGCUUUUUUUUUAAUUGAAAUUAUACAACUCUGAAGAUGGCAUGUCUUGGAAAAGGAUCUUUAAGAUUAAAAUAGUGUAUAUUUUCUUUGAUGUGCAUCCACUCUUAGCUGGUAGAUUUACUAGAAAGUCUUAAAGUCCUGAUUGCUAUUUUUGUUUUUUUUUAAAUUUAGCAGAAAAGUCAGAAGCAUGUGUAUUUGAUACUUUACUGUAUUCUAGAUGAAUUCAUUUUGACGAGGGAAAUGGCUAAGACUGGCAAAGAAUGUUAAUACAAGAAAGUUUUCUGAUUCUGAUGUAGAGUAUGCAAAAAAAGCAAAGAAGAGAAAAUGUAAGAAGAAAGAUUAAAAUAUUAGAUAUAUAUAUAAGGGAGAGAGAGGGAAAGAGAAAGAGAGAGAGAGAGUGGAUUUUGCUGCCAUUUUACCUUUGAAAAUCUUGUUGGAGAGAAGCGAAAUAUUUUACUGUCCAGUUCUCCAAUUUUAGAAAGACUCGGAGACAAAUGGUCAGUGAUACUUUAGAGAGGGUUUUUUUCCUAAAUGAAGUUAGAAAGCAGAGAAAUAGUUUUGUAAUGCUCAUGCUUUGUUUUUUUAGUUUGUCCAUUUAGCUUUUAUGUUUUCACUUUUUCUGGAUAUUUGUAUUCCUUCUGUGAGCUGUUUUGUUGUACAUUCAGUUAUCAUGACACAGAUCUGUUGUUCUUCUUACUGGCAGGUCCUUCAUUGUUGUAUUUGAUGGGUGUAAUUUAAAUAUAGGUCCUAGUUUUUUGGUGUGCAGUCAGCAAUUUUAUUUUAGGGUAGUGAUUGCUUUUGUUCUGAAAGUGAUUUUAUCGCGUGUUCUUUUUAUACUUAAGAUGACUUACAUUAAAUUAGAAAUGGGUAUUACAAUAUUAGUCAUAUAAUCUAGUAUUUGUACAUACACUUUUACAAUGGCGUGUAAGUAGAUAAAAUAGUUAUAUGAAAGGAGAGUACAAUGUGUAAAACAUAUUAAAUGUGCUGUUCAUCUCAUGACUGUUUUGGUAUGUGAGCUCAUGUGUCCAUGUGAAAAGAUGGUGAUAGAUAUAUUUUUCUGACUGUACUGUACAUUUUAAAUGAUGAAGAAAACAUGUGUGAAAGAAAACACAUUUUACAUGUGUUGCGCAGUUUUUUUUAUACUCAUAGAGUGCAGUUUUUCUGCAUUGCAACUAUAUGGUUUUAAGUCUUUAUAUUAAAAUGUACUCACCAAAAUAAUUGUUUUCCAAAUGCCUCACAUGCAGUGUAAAUUUUGUUAAUUUCUGUAUGGCUACAUUUUAUGGUGAUCUUAAAAGACAAGAAGUUUUUGCUCGUUACCAGGAUAAGAAAGCUCUUAAACAGUAGUUUCUGCAGUAUUGUUUGUUGGAAAUAGCAUACACUAUGUACUACUAUAAAGAUAGGUUGCUACAUUUUAGAGAUGGUCAUCACCUUUGAAUGGCUUGUCUUUGUUGUCUAAAUGCACAGUCUAGUCAGUGGAAGUUGGCGAGUAACAAAAGCAAAAUGCAUGAACAUGUCAAGAAUGUGUAUGAAGCUUAAAAAAAAGUAUUUUCAUUACUUAUCUCAGCUGUUUCCAUGUUUUGUUUGGGCGUGCAUUCACCAAGUGAUCUGUCAUUUAUUUAAAAUUUUUUAGUCUCUUUACAGUUUUGGGUAAUUUACUGAGAAACUCGGAUGAAAAUCUCCCAGUUAAGAGUACUUUGUUUUGGCACUGGUUUGCAAAUCUACUAUAAAGGGAGAUUAGCAUUUCAGGCAUUCCUCUAUCAUCAAGAGGAUUUCGUUACUGUAGGCACAUUUAUUUCUAAUAAUUAUCACCUAAAAGCAAUGCAGUCAUACGUUUUAGUCAUUAUGCAGGACACUAGAUUCAGCAUUCAGUUGUAUAAAUCUCACUUCUGUAAUGAAGUAGGAGUGAAGACAAUCAGUGGAAUGAGCUUUAAACUCUAGAGGGUGAAAUGUGCCACUCUGGUUAACUUUUUCAGCAGUAGCUUUUCUUCUAUUUAAGAUGGAGCUAUGUACUUGUUGAUUUGGAAGAUGUAUAAUCUGAUGGAUUGAAAGAAAAAAGAAUUCUUUUGUUUGCCUGAAAUGAAAAGCAAUCUUUUUAUAUUUAAGUACUUUUUGAAAUUGUUUAAAAAUCAGAGGAGAAAGAGCAGACCCAUUGUGCCCAACCCUACCACUCCUACACAUUCAGAUGCAGUUAUAUAAGGUUACCUUAGAAAACUAACCCAAAAAGUGUUGCGUUUUAUAUUCAGAUUUCCCAUUCUGCACAAAUGAGUCAUAUCUGGUUUCUUUGUUAUAUAAGAGAACUCAAAGGAAGUUGAAGGUAAGUAAGUCAGCUCUUGGACUGAACAGUGCAGUUUGGUCCUUGAAAGGACAGGAUCUACAUUACUGUAGACAGGUUACUUCAUAGGCCUGAAAACGUGCUCAUCAUACUUAUGUCAUUCUGUUUCUUUGGCUGCUCUGUUAAUCUUGAAUUUCAAGAAGGCAAAGUUGCCUGAGACAUUGGUUCAAGGAUUAUCUAGUGCAAAUGCACAAGUAAUGUGAAUUUUCAUCUGUGCCUUUCUGAUAAAAGUUAUCUAUUUGUGUGGGGUUUCAUUCAGUUUUUCUGAGCUUCCUACUUUUUCCUUGUUUUUUUUUUUUAAUAGAUCUGUUUUGUGUCCUAUGUUUGUACCCCCACUCUUGAGGAUAGUAAAAAAAAGUGUUUCAUCACAGUUAAGAUAAAGAAAAAGAUUGCUUUGUCCAAAAUGUAGGUGGUCUCGUGCACAUCUCAUGGUGGAGGGUAUUUUUUUUAUUUUUGAAGGCAGCCAUUUGUGUUUGCAUGCUUUAUUCCAACAUCAGCCCUGGAAGCCUAUUCAUCAUUCAUUACAUUUCUUCAACGAGAUACUUCUGUAUUAGACCUAUUUGAAGAUAAGUUUUUCCCCUGAUAUAACCAUGCCAUUGUAUUUUUGUAAAUUUUGAUUACAGAAGUAUUUUUCCCAUUGCAUAAAUGUAUGUGAGAAAAACCAUUAAUUUGCAGUCUGCAUGCAUGUAUAGACAGUGGUAAGGACAUCAUAGAUGAACAAAGGAGUUGACUCAUCAAGUGAUGAAGCAGCUUGUUAUGGUUGCUCAGCUGGUAGAAGGCCAAUUAAUAUUUGUAAAAACCAUAUCUUUCAAGCCAAGAAGUGCUAUAUGAAAUUAUGGUUAAGAAAGUUAGCCAAAAUGGUAUGCACAAUCAUGCUCUUCAUGAACUCUUCAAUAUAUACCUUGUUUUUCAUGGACGUUUGUAGUCUUUGGAUAACAUUGCUGACUUAAGUAAACCCUGCGUAGACCGAUAUAUUUUCAGUUUAAGCUUUUCUCAUUGAGUACAUCAUCUAAAAAUUGUCAACUGUAAGUGUAGCAUACUAAGGAAAAAUUGAUUCUGCAGUUCAGUGUCUAAAAGAAAACUUGUUAAGUGUGAGAUUUAAAAAAGGGUAAGUCAAGCUGAAGUUGAUUCUGUCUGUGGAGUAUGUACAUCUGUUUUUGUGUCAAGAAAUUAUUUAAUUUUUUUUCAUAGAAGGGGAGAAGAACCUGCUUGACAACUUUCUUGCAACAAAUUUACUGGGUAAUCUCAUUUUGUGAAUUUCUAGAUUGUCUCUGCUAUGCUCUAAUUUCAUCUCUGACUGCAGCUGGUUUGUACUUGCUUAAUCUGAACAAUAACCUUUGUGAUUGUGUUUACUAAGUUCUUGCAGCAUUUUAAUGUUCCUGUUCAAUCUUUUGGCAAUUGAUGCCAUGUCUCCACUCUACUUCCCCAAUGUUCAUUUUAUUGCAGUUUGUGGAUUUGUACCGUUAAAUUAUUUGCAGGAAGUAGAGGUCUCUUUGUGUGAUGUAAAUUUUGUUGUGGCCAUAACCAUAUAAAUCCCACGGCCUGCUUUAUCAGUGCUCUGUAGUGAUGAAAGAUUGAAAUAAAAUUGCUGUAAAGUGUAA